AGGAGCCAGAGAGACCGGGAAAGGAAACAGAGGCGAACAUCUCAAUUUCGUGCUUGGGGGAGAGGUAGAAGCCUGUGUCGAUGCUUCUUCCAAACAUCCCAAAAUCUUCAGCAAGGAUUGGAACAGUCUCAGACCACCCCUGCUGAACCAGGAAGGAAGCUGAGGGAAGAAUCCAGAUCGAGAAGCAGCAAUCAAGGCUGGCAUCGAUCCCAGUUUCUCCUUUGAGAUUCAGCAGAAGAUCCUGAUGGAGGAGGAUAAUGCCCAGAGAGAAGAGCCCAAGGAGGACAGAGGUGGCGACGGGCAACGUGUCGUGAGAUCUCCCUUUGUGUGCACUUCAUCCUCAGAGGUUUUCAAUUCCAACAAGAUUAUGGCAGAGCAGAGCCACAUGCAAAAGCAGCUGGAUUUACAGAAUGGUAGCUUAGAGGCGGGCUUUGUGGCGAAUUCCCUCGAAAACGAUUCCCAAAACAUGAUGGAGAGCCUGAGCCCGAAGAAAUAUUCUUCCAGUCUGAGAUUUAAAACCAAUGGAGACUAUUCUGGUUCCUAUUUAACCCUCUCACAACCUGUGCCUGCUAAAAGAAGCCCUUCUCCUUUGGGAACCAGUGUCAGAAGUAGCCCCUCCUUGGCCAAAAUCCAGGGAACCAAGCAGUUCUCUUGCGAUGGAAAUGACAAAAAUAUUUCUGUGAAACCUCCCACCCCUUUACGCAGCACUUCACCCUCUCUUAGUGGAUAUCCACUUGGGAGAACAGACUUUGAUCAUUUUACAGGCCGGGACACUGAAAGGUCCUUGAGGCUUUCAGAGAAGCCUCCCUAUUCCAAAUACAGCUCAAGGAAUAAAUCCCAUGACAAUGUCUACUUUCUCGGAGGGCUGGAAGGCCGAAAAGCAUCUGGCUCACUCUUGACCAUGUGGAAUGGAAGUUCCCUGGGUGAUACUGGCUCCUUGCCCAUCGGUAGGUCAGGGGCAGCCAGCAUGCCUUCAAGCCCAAAGCAAGCCAGGAAAAUAAACAUCCAGGACAACCUGACACUUCAGCCCAAGAUGACCAGACACAAGGAUCUGGCAUCUGAAAACAUCAGUUUAAGAACUAGGAAGUACUCGAGCAGCAGCCUCAGUCACAUGGGCGCCUACAGCCGAUCUCUCCCCCGGCUGCACAGAGCCACAGAGAAUCAGCUGGCACCUCUCAGUUUGCCUCCAAGAAGCUCUCUGGGCAAUUACAAACGAACGAAACUGGGGGAAAAGGAUCUACCUCAUAGCAUCACAGACAAUGACAAUUACCUGAAUUUUUCUUCUUUGAGCUCAGGAGCUUUACCCUAUAAAACCUCUGCCUCUGAGUGCAAUCCUUAUGUGAGUUCCACCCUCAGCGUCCCUGCCAGUCCUCGAGUGGCUCGGAAGAUGCUUCUGGCCUCCACCUCCUCCUGUACCUCUGAUGACCUUGAUAGGGCUUCCUACUUGGGGGCCAGCCCAGGUCAUUCAUUCCCUCCCGGAGAGCUUGACAGAGCGUUUGCGGCCAGGAGGAACUACUCGUGUGGGUCUGUUGAGUUUGAUGAUGCCGAUCCGGACAGCCUCAGACAGGCCUCAGGAACCCCCCAGCCUGUCCUUCGGGAACGGAAAAGCAGCAUUAGCUCCAUUUCAGGACGAGACGACCUGAUGGAUUAUCACCGGCGGCAGAGGGAGGAGAGACUCAGGGAGCAGGAGAUGGAGCGAUUGGAGAGACAGCGUCUGGAGACCAUCCUCAGUCUCUGUGCUGAGUACACAAAGCCUGACAGUCACGUGUCCACUGGCACCACUGUGGCAGAUGUACAGAAAAUCAAUAAGGAACUGGAGAAGCUGCAGCUCUCUGACGAGGAGUCCGUGUUUGAAGAAGCCCUGGUGAGCCCUGACACCAGAUACAGGUGCCACCAGAAAAGCUCUCUCCACGAUGCAGACCUGGCAGGCUUCGGGAGCCUCAGUCAGAGUAGCGCCAGCUUCCUUUCCCUCAGGAGCUCCAGGAAUGAUGAACUGAUCAGGGACCUCACCAGGACUCCCCCACCGCCCUCCUCUGCUUUUCUGAAAGCUUCCAGCGAGUCCGCUUAUCUAAGCAUCCUACCAAAGACCCCAGAGGGUAUAAGUGAAGAACAAAGGAUUCAGGAGUUGACUGUGAUGGAAGAGUCCCGGAUAGCAAUUCUGAACAACCUCGAGGAACUUGAACAAAAAAUCAAAGAUAUAAAUGACCAGAUGGAGGAAUCUUCCAGAGAGUUGGAUAUGGAAUGUGCUCUCUUGGAUGGAGAACAAAAAUCAGAAACAGCUGAACUUAUGAAAGAGAAGGAGAUUUUGGAUCAUCUAAACCGGAAAAUAGCAGAACUGGAAAAGAACAUUGUUGGUGAAAAGACCAAGGAUGCUGAUCUGUUGGAUGUGGAGAGCAAACACUUUGAAGACCUGGAAUUCCAGCAGCUUGAGCGUGAGAGCCGUCUAGAUGAGGAAAAGGAGAACCUGACCCAGCAGCUCCUGCGUGAAGUGGCUGAAUAUCAACGGAACAUUGUUACUAGAAAGGAAAAAAUUUCUGCAUUGAAAAAGCAAGCUAAUCACAUUGUCCAGCAGGCUCAGAGAGAACAAGAUCAUUUUGUGAAAGAAAAGAAUAACUUAAUAAUGAUGUUACAGAGAGAAAAGGAAAAUCUUUGUAAUUUGGAAAAGAAAUACUCCAGCCUCUCUGGGGGCAAAGGGUUUCCUGUCAACCCCAAUACUCUAAAAGAGGGCUAUAUCAUUGUAAAUGAAAUUAAUGAGCCAUGUGGCAAUUCCACGAAUCUCUCCCCUUCCACUCAGUUCCCUGCUGACGCUGACGCUGUUGCCACUGGGCCUACCACAGCUGUGCUGGUGAGCCAGCCACAAAAUAAAGAGCAUUUUAGAAGUCUGGAAGAAAGGAAAAAACAGCACCAAGAAGGCCUCUAUCUGAGUGACACUUUGCCUCGAAAGAAAACCACACCUUCCAUAUCCCCUCAUUUCAGCAGUGCUACUAUGGGGAGAAGCAUCGCCCCAAAGGGCCACCUGCCCCUGGGACAGAGCAACAGCUGUGGCAGUGUGCUCCCCCACUCGCUGGCAACCAUGACCAAAGACUCAGAAUCUCGGAGGAUGCUCAGAGGAUAUAAUCACCAACAGAUGAGUGAAGGUCAAAGGCAGAAGUCUUCUGAAUUUUACAGCCGCACAGCAUCUGAAUCAAAUGUCUACUUGAACAGUUUCCACUACCCAGAUCACAGCUACAAGGACCAGGCCUUUGAUACUCUGAGCCUAGACAGCUCUGACAGCAUGGAGACAAGCAUCUCUGCCUGCUCACCUGACAAUAUCUCUAGUGCCAGCACUUCAAAUAUUGCCCGAAUAGAAGAAAUGGAGAGACUUUUGAAGCAGGCUCAUGCAGAGAAGACAAGGCUUCUUGAAUCCAGGGAACGGGAAAUGGAAGCCAAGAAACGAGCUCUGGAAGAAGAAAAACGACGCCGAGAACUCCUGGAAAAACGAUUGCAGGAAGAAACCAGCCAGAGGCAGAAGUUAAUUGAAAAGGAAGUAAAAAUAAGGGAGAAACAAAGAGCACAGGCUCGACCUCUGACCCGUUAUCUGCCUAUCCGGAAGGAAGACUUUGAUUUGCGCAGCCACGUGGAGACUGCUGGCCACAAUAUUGAUACCUGUUAUCAUGUGUCAAUCACAGAGAAGACCUGCAGAGGAUUCCUCAUCAAAAUGGGUGGAAAAAUUAAAACUUGGAAAAAACGUUGGUUUGUUUUUGAUCGGAACAAGCGCACCUUCUCUUAUUAUGCAGACAAGCAUGAAGCUAAAUUAAAAGGAGUAAUAUACUUUCAAGCCAUUGAAGAAGUAUAUUAUGAUCACCUCAAGAAUGCUAAUAAGAGUCCUAAUCCAUUACUCACCUUUAGCGUCAAGACGCAUGACAGAAUCUACUAUAUGGUGGCCCCAUCGCCAGAAGCCAUGCGGAUCUGGAUGGAUGUUAUAGUUACUGGGGCGGAAGGUUACGCUCACUUCUUGUUGUAGUGAACUAAUGCAAUAGUCCACUUCAGGGCAGACUGCAAUAAUUUCUUACAAGAAUAAAGCCAUAUUCAACACCAGGUGGAAAGACCCAACAGACCCAUCCCUUUAACUAUGGAUACUCAGAACUGUUUUCAUAUAAACAGGAAGUCAUUUGUAAAAGGGAAAGAAGGGAUUUUAAUUCAGAGCUUGAGCAGAAAUAACUCAAAGCUUGAUCAUAAAUAGCAAAGAAUUGAAGCACCUAGGAGAAAGAAAACACUAUUUUCGUAAAUAGCAUCACUUAUAGGAACAUUUCUUAUAAAUUCUUUUUUAUCAAUUGUUGAUUUUGGUGAAAUAAACUAAACCGUUUACAAAUGUCUAUAUGUACUUGGAAAAUAUGAAAUUAUUUUAGCACCCAAAUCAUUGGCAUUGACUUUACUGGUAAUCAACUGGCUUUGUUGAAAAAGGAGUAUUUUGCUGAAUGUUAUUUUAUAAAUAUAAGCAAAUAAGGGCUUGGAAGGGAAUAUAUUGUACGAGGAGUUUGGCCCUACUUUUAAAGUACUACACCAAAACCAAAGACUUGAUAUCACCUCUGUUUAACAGUAGUAGUUUCAAGUGAUGAACUGCAGUUAGUGUUAUUCUACAUUUUAAAAUGGUACUUUGAUGCCAACAAGUGCCCAGGAAGUUGACCUUGAAGAAUCACUACCAACAUAAGCUACUGUACAUAUAUAGCAAACUACUCUUUGUAAAAGAAGAACAAAAAGCUGUGUGUUUUCGGAAGAAGCAGUCUUAGACAUUCUGUCACACUGGGCAAUUUAAAAUAAAGAGAAUACUUAGGAGCUAUUUUGAUGAAGAUUUCUCCAUUCCCAGUACUGAGAAUAAAGGCAACCAGUAGCUGAUUUUCUUUAUAUUAUCUGAUUUCUCUUUGUUGCAGCCUCACAUGACAUAACUAUGAAAUACAGCUGUUUUCACCAAAGAACAGACCAAUUAAAAUCCUUAUUUACAGAAGUAUUGUGAUUCCAUUAAAAGGCAAAUGAAGUUCAACUUAAUGUACUCUGUAAUGUACUAUUUUAUUAUAUAUUUUCUUUACAAUUAGCCUUUGUUUUUUAGAGUUAAAUUAAUUUUUGUUGAAUGAAAUGACUUCAGGAAAGUCCUUUUAUAAUGAUUUUCAAAUGCCAUUUAUCCUGGUUUGUCAUGUUGUGUGCGUUUGUAAGUAUGAAUGUACUCUUUCUACACAUUGGCAAAAGAAUAGAAGCAGAAAAUAAUGACAUUACUUAUUAGUACAAGCGAAAUGAUUAGAUUAGAAGUGUCUGUAAAAUCUUUGUCAGGCCUGCCUGGGUACAAUUUUUUUUUUUUUAUUUGCAGUGGUUUAUAUACAUGUUGCCAAUAAUAAGAUUUUGCAACUGGAUGACACAUGAUUUUACUUGAACAGUGAAGGACAAAAUCACAAUUGCAGAAGACAUUUUUAUAAUCUGUUUUUUCAGAGAUCACCCCUAAACCCUGUAAUGAGAGUGAAAUACAAUUGCUAAACUUUUGUUGGUUAAUGUAAAGAUAUAACUUUUCUGAACUGUACUUUACCUUCUUCAUAGGACUGUAAAGAUACUCUAAUCAACUUUAUGCCUUGCAUGAUAUAGUAAACCUUUCCAAUAUGUGUGUUAAAAUAUGUUGAGUUUGGAUUAAAAUAUUGACCAGAUUUCACACUUGAAAAUAAACUCAUCUCUCAUUAGGAAGUCACCCAUUGGUUACAUGACAGGGGAUGGAUUAAUCAGCAAAAGUCCAUUGUAGAAUCGACAUAAAGGUUGUUGUGUGCUAACAUUAUGACUUGUAGUUUAUAAACUGAAGUAAUCAGAAAUAUCUCUGGACACAUUCCUGUUGCUAACAAAAUGAGAUAACCCCUGAGAAACCUGACAUCUUUUUGUCUAAUUGCACAGAUGCAAUUACUACUGGGGAUUG